AUGGAUGUAGACGUUGCACAGUAUUGGUCGCUGGACUGGCACCUUCGUCUGAAUGACGAAAUUUGCGUUCAUAUGUCAUUCGGAGGAGACGCAGCAAAUACCCUUGUCGUUCGUGGUAAGAACGGACCGGAAGACAUUAUGAGGAUCUAUACAAUAGGUAGCAAGAAGAACAUAGUUAGCUAUGCAAAACUGGUUGGCAACGACUAUAUGGCAGCUGGACGAGACACGGUUCAAAGCAUUCGUCAAAACCCUGGGCGUUCAACGGCGUGGUGUCUGGGUUUGGCGGGACUGGGCACCACAGCAUAUUUAUGUCCUUCGCAAGAUGACUACUUCCGAGCUCUUAUCCAUUCCUGUGUGGACGUUUGGGAAGUCCCCACAUUGUUGCGAAAUCCCCAUAGUGCAGAGCAUGUUCAUCGCCGCCUUGAUCUUUGGUCCCGCGAACUCCUGCGAGUUAGCAAUUUGGGCUUGGUGGCCGUUGUGUGGCGUGACGAUAGGACAGAGUCGUCUCAACUUUAUUCCGAGUCAUGCAAGUAUAGUUUCCCUGCUAACGGGGGUGGACCGUUCACUAGCCUUGUUCGUCUGUUGCUCUUCGAUCGGCCGAAUGAGCGCGGCUUCCAACGUUUAUCCAAUAUUGUCGAAGAUCGGUUGCUCGACUGCGGAUUCAUGGGCCGAUGGUGGAUGUUGGAUAACAGCAUGCGGGACUAUGAUAUCAAUCCUGAUGAAUGGACCUCCCAAUCUAUUGUCUCACCAUCUUAGUGGUGCCUUGGUGUGUAUGUAUCCCGAAACGAAGGGUAACCCUCCACCCAGAGACCGUAUUCCACAAUCUGAACAAUUACCAUCCCACAUUGGUUCGACACAAGUUUCCAAGACAUCCGCAAUGGAAGGGUCUCCUAUACCUACAGAGCCGAAGUCUGAGUCAACUUCACAUCCGACUAUUGGUGCUGGGGAUGAUGAAUGGGAAUUGGUUGAUGAGGAGAUAGUGUUUGCCGAUUGUCACGGUGUUGUGGAGGCCGAUAUUCUGACUCCCAACAAUCCAGUAACAUUUGCAGACCUGGACAGUGCGAACCCAUUGGUACAGAUUGGCCCAGCAGUUUUUGAAGGCCGAUACGAGGAUGUCCUCGGUACCAUGGUCUUUAUCGAGCCUCGCGCACGAGAAGAGGAUGGCUCUGUGUUGGCUGAACUACGCACUCCUCUGGGUCCUCCUUCUUCCGCGCGACUAUCACAACCAUCUGUUCAGUUGGUUAAAUCUACCAAAUGCUUGGUUCUGGAUCGGGUAUUUUUGAAACCCAAACUAGAUUCUCAAUCCUCAGAGCAGAAUUAGUUUUUAACCUGCAUUUUGUAUAUACGUAUCAGGAGCAGUGUAGAAAUGUGGACAACCU